GGUGGUGGUGGUGGUGGUGGUCGUCCGGAGCUUCAGUAGCUGGCCGUCGCCCGUGAGUGGCUGAGUUGCCUGUGCUCCGACGCACCUCAUCCAGCUAGUGACUUUUUGCUUUUCCUCCUGUGAACAUAUUUUUUCGUGCAUUUCACAUUUACCACGAACGGACUCUGAACUUUUCAUAAAACUGCAGUAUGGUGUUUUAGAGUGAAGUUUUUUUCUCUUUCAUACUUGAUGUGCGACCUAGUGCGGUGUACGUCCUAUACAGCAAUAAAUAAUUUCACGACGUAAAAUGCGGUUCAUCCUCGCUUCUUAAAGUUGUGCGAGUGCAUGUGAGGAACUGAUUUCCUUGCCAUAAAAGGAGUGGAUUACGAGAUCUUCAUUAACAAAGAAGAGGAAACUAUUUGUACAUGAGUGUUUGAGUAUGAGACAUUGGAUAUUGGAGUCAGAUGAGAUCCAGCCCUUUCUGAUGCCCUAGGGAGCCACGCAACACCACACUGUAUCCGCGAGGAGUCUAGAAUCCUUGCCACGGCCUCCUAAACACCUGCCGUCCGAGCCACCAGCGUGCAGGUGUGCGUAUCUGACUUCAUGAGCUGCCGCUGGUCCACGAUGCCUCGUUACGCCCCCUGCUAGGCCAGUCUUCUGAGGCCGGUGCCUCAACGCUGUGCUCCUCGCCAGUCAUGGACAGUGUUGGCGGUGGAUGGUGAUAGCGGUGCGGCGGAGGUUGGAACAUGCAUGCAGGCGAAUUAGUGUCUAAAGUGACCACCGGAGAUCAGUGCAGCGGACGGUUCGGCCUUCUGGUGUGCGUACAGGGGCGAGGUGACGGCUGUCAUGUUGGUGCCGACGGCUGCCAAGGUGUGGAGACAAAAACAAGUGCCAGGCGAGUGUCGAGGGUUAUUUUAUCCUCCAAGAAAACUAAGUGCUCUUGUUGCUCUCUGCUUUCAUUGCAGUCCUGCGAACAUGGCGAUUCUAACAGACAAACCGAACUCAUCUCGAAAGCCCCCCGUGAUCCCUCCUCUUACUCCCAAGAGGACCGGCGUCGUGCCUUGACUAAUAUGCCGUGUGAAAAUAACGAGGCCUGGAUCAGUAACUCAGCUUUCAGGUUAUUAGAACAUGUCAGAAAUUCAAAUUUUGAAGAAAAUACUGCACUUCCGUCUCCCUCUUCACGACUACAGUCUCCGACGUCCCCUGCGUCCUUAGCCUCGGAGAGGUCAUGGCUGAAGCAUUAUUGGCUCCCCUCAUCUUUGUGGUCUGCUGGUGAUGUGCUGUUCUCGUCAUUGAACGAAUCUCCCCCUUCCCUCUGUGUUUGCAAAGUGACAUUCGCCACUCUUCCGUCUCACUCGCCACUGAGACUCCCUGUAAGGGCUUCCCUGAUGCUCUCAAGCGUUCAGUUUUCAUACCUCGUUUCUGGCUCUCGCUGUGACUCACCAAUGGUUCACAGUGUGCUUGUGUCAAGUGGCGUUACGGACAUCUUGUUGAACCUCAAUUCAGGUAGCGCAUGGGUUGUUUCCAAUCGUACACGACCUACAACUCCCACACCCGCCCUACAGAACACUUCACCACCACUCCAGACAAGCCCUUCCUACACCCCAGGAGUACAGGCCACCACGAGUUUACCACCGCUUGCCACAAGACGCAAAUCAGCGGAACAAAGAGUCAGAGGAAGCAACAAAUAUCCCAGUGUCGCGUGGCUCCCCCCGGAUCACCACACCGUAAGGACGAGGAGCACACAAAGAGAUACCCCCACAGGAUCAAGGAAAAGUUGUGCGUCGUCAGCCGCUGCUCAGAAAGUAACCGGGGCAAGGACCCGCUGCUGGUCUAAGCAUUUUCUAACGAGCGCCGUCUUGAUGGUCGCCGUCCUCGCCGCCGCCACCACAGCCUACGAACUAAAGCCCACUACCACCGUGUCCCUGACCGUGUUGGCGGGGCGCACUGCCAAACUGCCGUGUGAGCUGCCGCCGCCCCCAGACAGAGCCACCCUCGUCCUCUGGUACAAGAAUCAGGCAACCAAACCCUUCUACAGCCUCGAUGCACGAGAAAACACCGUCGGCCGCCACAAGGUGCUCGAAGGUUCGGAACUGGGAAUGAGGUCCCGCUUCCGUCUCGAGACAUUGCAGUACAGCUUCAAGGCUCGCAUCGGGUUCCUGGAGGUCAAGUCCAUCAGCCUGGCGGACGCCGGCAACUACACGUGCCGGGUUGACUUCCUCACCUCGCAGACCAUGAUGUCGUUGCUCCGGCUGACGGUGCACGAAGACAUCCAGCGCCUGACAGUCACCAAUGCCUAUGACAAGGUUAUCGACAAGACUGCGGGGCCCUACGAACUUACGGCCCGCGUUAUGCUGACCUGCCGCGCCUACGGAGGCUUCCCGCCCGCCGUGGUUCGCUGGGUGUCUCAAGGAGAGGUAUUGGAGUCCUCGCUCACGCAGCCCGUCAGCACACCCUCCAACAGGAAUGUCGAGGAAUCCGUAGGCGUCCUGCUCCACCUGCCGGGCCUUAGGCGGGAGGACAGCGGGAGAGAAGUCACUUGUCUGGCCUCCAACACCAACCUGACGAAGCCACACGCCCGCACACUCACCCUUGACAUGUACCUUCCGCCGCUCACAGUGACAGUGGAGGGCGCCGAAGAGCCACUGCGCGCCGGGAUGGAGGCCGGGCUGGUGUGCCGCACCACCGGCUCCAGGCCGCCAGCCACCCUCACGUGGAACCUCACCGGCUCCUCUGCAGCCCUCACCUCGCUCCCACAGCAGUCUUCGCUGGACGGCAACACCACGGUGCGGCGCGGGCGUCUCCUUCCCUCCAUGGAGCACAACGGCCAGACGGUCUCCUGUACGGCCUCCAACCCCCACGUGGCCCACUUCUCCCGCACGGCCUCGCGCACCCUCACCGUCCACUUCGGCCCAGUGGUGGAGGUCCGGCUGGCACCUGCCCUGGACCCAUCAAAUAUUCGAGAGGGCGAGGACGUCUACUUUGAGUGCCACAUCAAAUCAAACCCGCCCGAGACCCGCGUGCUCUGGUUACACGAGGGGGAGUCGCUUCGCUCUGACAGGGGCCGCGGCGUGCUGGCUCAGGGGAGGAACUUGGUGCUGCAGGGGGUGAGUCGCCAGGCCAGGGGCGGGUACCAGUGCCGCGUCACCAACAGCCUCGCCACCGUCACCAGCGCCCCCGCCACGCUCGACGUCCUCUACCCUCCGGAGUGCAGCGGGAGCAACGAACAGGCGGUGACGGUGGCGGCGGCGGAGGAGGUGGAGCUCAGGUGUGUGCUGGAGGCCAACCCCGCCCAGGUGGAGUUCAUGUGGAGCGUCAACACCAGCCAGGGGUGGAAGGAGCUGGAGGCGUCGUCGUACACCACCCGCGGCCUGGUUAGCACUCUCCGCCACCGCCCACAUGAAUUCGACUUCGCAGAAGACCAGUUUGGGGCCGUGUUGUGUCAGGGCAGCAACAGUUUGGGAAAUUUGGACAGCCCCUGCGUCUUCACCGUCACCGAAGCAGGUCCCCCCGAGGAGCCAGUCUCGUGUUCGCUUGUUAAGCAAAGCGCGACUUCCUUGGGGCUUUCCUGCCUUCCCGGACACGACGGGGGUCUUCCGCAAACCUUUCUCGCCACCGUGAGGGACGCGGGCAGUCACGAGAUGGUGGCCAACGUGUCCUCGCCAUCCAGCUCCUUCACGGUGGGAGGCUUGUCGCCGGGGCAGGACUACCUGGUGCUGGUGCGGACCGUCAACACCCGAGGCAUCUCUGCUCCCUACCUGAUCCACGGCUUCGCUCUCAAGGUCGCCGAAAACAAGAUUAAUGACACGGGCCUGGUCGAGUCCUCCUCCCUGCUGCUGGUGUUCGUGGGGGUCGUCAGCGGCUUCAUUCUGGUGCUGGUGGUGCUGGCCGCUGCGACGCGCUCCCGGUGCCGCCGCAGAGGCACCAUUCGGGACGCGGUCAGCCCGGACAACAAACACCAUGCGGAAGUGAUGUCCUCCCCCAGCAGCGCCGACGCCCCCUCCGAGCCAUGCCCCGACGACACGGGCCUGUUGAGCCCCCUUCACGAAGUGCAGCCGCCACCAAGGAGCGCCUCACACACUGUCUUCUCACGGCCUGCACUCACCUACGAAGCCAGUCAAGAAGCAGAGACCAGAGCGCUGCAGGACUCCUCUCAUAUCGCAGGAGCCACGAACCUACAGCAGACCUCUCACCUCUCAGGGUCUUCGCCCCAUUUAAUACCCAUGCAUGCCUCGGAGCCCCUAAAGCGAAGCGGCUCCACCUUGCCCCACCAUACCCCGCUGACCCAACCCCUUCUGUCCACCGACCUACCCCGAGUGCCCGGCUCCUCCACCCACAAAUAUUACACCCUCAAAAUAAACACUACUAGACAGACCAACGAAAGCUUUGUCUAGUGUCUUCUUUUUACCUUGUGUUUACUCCUCCCGUCCCUCCUCCUCUUCUUCUUCCAACUCCUCCUCCUCCUCCUCCUCCUCCUCCAAUUUCUCAUAUCUAAUCUCAUUUAUUUCCUAGUUUUCCCUUUGUUUUCUCCAUUUACCUCUUUUUUUUUAUCCUCCUUUAAGGCUGACCAUCGAUCGUCCUUUGUUUUCCUUUCUUCCGGCUCUCAUUACUCUUCCUCCUCUUCCUCCACAGCCUCCGCCACACUUCCCUCCCGCCCCAUCCCAGCCGAUCACAGAAUCCAACCAGCCAGUAACAUUCCAAUUACUGCCCUGUCUUCCUUCCUCUCUGCAAGUCUAUGAGACAAAAGGAAACAUGUCUCACAACUUAAUACCACAUCCUUCCAUGUACGGCAAGGGCUGUAUAUGCUAAUUUCUCCUACCAAGGUGAGAUGUAGAAAGGUAUUCUAAAUGCUAAAUAAUGCUUCCCCCUCGCCCGUCUGAGGUUUAUUUCACGAUGCUUUGUGAGUAUGUGAACAACUCUUCAGAUCUGUCGUGUACAGUUUAAAGAGACUGCGGACUUUGUGUACGUUAUUGUACAGAGU